UUUUACAGUAGAAAUAUGAAGUACGGGUUAAGAGUCUUGCAUAAUAAUCAGAGGGAUCUGUCGACGUGUGUGUAUCUUCAUAGUGGAGAGACUUUGUAUAUGUUUAAUCUUGGAGAUGGAAUUCAGAGGAUAGCUUCUCAGGCGAAGAUGAAAUUUGGAAGAGUUAGAGGCAUCUUUAUUCCGAGUUUGCUGCCAAAUAACUUCCUUGGCCUCCCAGGAUUCUACUUGACAACAAGAGAUGGUAUGAAAGCAAGUGAAAGCGGCUUUAGAUUCUCUAUCUAUGGGCCUGAAGGAUUCAGCAAAAAGCUAAAAGAUGUCAGAUACAUAACGGGCACUUUUGCAGGAUGUGGUGAAAUCUUUGAACACAUAGAAGAAAUCAAAGAGGACAUGGAAACUGAUGAAGAAGACAUAGAGUUACGCACUAAAGUGUCAAAGAAAAAUUACUUUGAAGAUGAUGAAGUGAGAGUUGAAAUUACUUCAAAUGUCGGAAACGAUGGAGAGGAAUUUCUUAGUUAUAUAGUUAUUCCUACUCAGAAGAGAGGAAAGUUCAUACCUCAAGAGGCAAAGAAGCUUGGAUGUAAUCCUAAGCUUCAUUUUAAAAAGUUAUCACAAGGAGAAGAUGUAACAUUAGAGAAUGGCACAGUGAUCUAUUCUUCCCAAGUGGUUGAGAAAUCUCUUCCUUCAGAAUCAUUUAUAAUAAAUUUUGUGCCAGAUUCCAGCUACAUUGACUCAGUUGUGUCAAAUCCUAAAUACGAGGAGUACUUUGAAGGAAAUAUUUCUGAGAACACUAGCCUUGCAAUAGUAUAUCACUCUACAGAAAGUUUUGAGAUUUUCAACAAUGAGAAAUAUUUAGAAUUUAUGAAGAAGUUUGGCCCAGGUGUAAAGCAUGUGAUUGAUUGCAGAGACUUGAAUGCUGAAAGGAUAGUUAGGUACAAAGCAAUGAACUUGUCUCUAAAGUACCAUACCAUAUGUUCUCGUCUCUAUCCAUUAGCUGCCUUUAAUCUGAUAGAUUUUUAUAAAGCGAAUUACCACAAAGUGGAGGAUUCUCUGAAGGAAUUUGAUGUAAUUAUGGCUGAAUCUGGGCUAAGGGUUGAGCUAUACCCAGCUAAAUCAGCUGGUGUCUUUUAUGAUGAUGUGAUCAAACCAGAACACAUGGAAGACGAAGAAGAGAAGAAGAUCACUGAAGGCAUUCUGACUCAAAACGAAGAAACCAAAGCUAAUAGUGAGUUCUUGAAAGAUCUUGACAUUGAUGCAAUUAUUCCAGAGAAGAAAUUUAAAAAUGAACCUGAGAUCUUAUUUUGCGGCACUAUUUCAAUGAAACCGACUGGUUCAAGAUGUGCAAGCUGAAUUUAUCUUAAUAUUCCUGGAGAUAAAGGUUCUGAAACCGAGGAAGAGAAAUAUCGCACCACACCAAGAGAUAAGUUUGACAGCAACUAUGGAAUAUUGCUAGACUGAUCAGAAGCCUCUUAUGGGCAGCUUUAUGAUCACUUCCAAGAUAUCAAUAUCUUAAAUCAAAUAUUAGUCAAUUUAAGAGUGGUAUGGAUUACCCAUAUGCAUGGAGACCACUGAAUGGGGAUCUCAAAAAUAUUCCAUGAAAGAGCUCUUGCGAUUCAAAAACUCUUCUCAGCUGAAGAUAUCGAGAAGAAUCAGGAUGAAUUUACUAUCUAUGCAUGUGUUCCUUAUUUCUUAGAGAAUUUGAUUAAAGAUAUUCCAUUUGUCAAGGUAAUUCCAACAUCAAAACUGAACCCAGAGACAGAGAAAUACUAUUUUAAUGAUGAUCCAUUUGAAGUAAAUGAGUGUAAACCAAAGAAUGUUGAAGGAUGCGUGCAAAAGAGUUAUGAAGAAUGCCUACAGAAUAUUCAACAGAUGGAAGAUAAUUUUGACGAAGACACAAGACAGUUUUAUCAAGUUCUCAACAGCAAGCUAGGUAUCAAGAGAAUUUAUGGAGUUGAAGCUUUUCAUUGUUACGAAGCUUAUGGAUGUGUUGUCGAAGCUGAAGAUUGGAGAAUACUUUACUCAGGAGACACAAUGCCUAACCAAAACUAUCUUAAUUACGGGCAGGGUAUCACUCUUCUGAUUCAUGAAGCCACCUUAGAGAACGGACUUGAAGAUGAUGCUAAGAAAAAGAAUCAUACUACAACAGGCCAAGCGAUUACUGUAGGAACUUCCAUUAAUGCAUGGAGAGUGUGUCUCACUCACUUCUCUCCUCGGUAUGUCAAAGUUUCUGAGAUUACACAAGAACACUUUGAUAACAAAGUAAUGAGUGCCAUGGAUCACUUGAGACUCAAACUGUCAGACUUCGAGUGGGCCUACAGAACACUCGAACUCUACAAGCCAUUCGAAGACUUGUAACUUGAUUCAGUAAAAAAAUUGGAUACAACGAUUUC